AUGGGCGAAGCAGCAGUACCGCCUGAGCUAGACACCGAUCCAGCAGCAAAGAUGGCUCAGACAAACCCUCUGCCUGUUCCCAUGGGCCCGUGGAAGAUCACCGUGUACGACCAAGAAAACUUCCAGGGCAAGAGGAUGGAGUUCACUUCGGCCUGUCCGAACAUCAUGGAAUGUGGCUUCGACAACAUCCGCUCCCUGAAGGUGGAAUGCGGCGCCUGGGUGGGUUAUGAGCACACCGGCUUCUGCGGGCAGCAGUUCAUCCUGGAGAGGGGAGAGUACCCGCGCUGGGACGCCUGGAGCGGCAGCAACGCCUACCACAUCGAGCGCCUGAUGUCCUUCCGCCCCGUCUGCUCCGCUAAUCACAAGGAAUCCAAGAUCACCGUUUUCGAGAAAGACAACUUCAUCGGGCGCCAGUGGGAGAUUGCUGAUGACUACCCCUCGCUGCAGGCCAUGGGCUGGGCCAACAACGAAGUGGGCUCCAUGAAGAUCCAGUGUGGCGCCUGGGUGUGCUACCAGUAUCCCGGGUACCGUGGCUACCAGUACGUCCUGGAGUUUGACCACCACGGUGGAGACUACAAGCACUGGAGAGAGUGGGGUUCGCACGCCCAGACCUCCCAGAUCCAAUCCAUCAGGCGUGUCCAGCAGUAGCUCCCCUCUCCUCAGUACAUCUCUGCAAAAGCUCACCGGCCCCCUCUUGGUGCUAAUACUCCCCUCCCAAAAUAACCACCCCCCUCUCUCAUACUGCCACUGCUUAUGGAACAACACUCCCAAAACGGUACC